AUGGCUACCAUUGAUGCCGUCACUGCUAGCUUUGCUGCCUCCUUGGCUCUUGCUGAGGGUGGUAAAGCCCCGGACCUUGGAAAGAUGGGUGGAGGCCUUGUGCGCAAAUCCUCCCAAUCUUUUCUUCUUGGAAAACCUCUUACUCGCAAACCUGUGGACUCUGCUGCCUUCAAAUCUCACUUCCUCCGAACAUGGAUGGUGGAAAGGGACUUUAGAGUCCAGGAAAUGGAGAAUAAUCUUUUCUUGUUCUCUUUUGAAUCAAUCCGAGACCAGAAUAAGGUUCUUAUAGGAGGAGUUUGGUGUUUUGAUCGGGCUCUGGUCUGCCUAGAGGAGUAUGACGGAGUCCUACCUAUUACUGAGGUUUCGAUGAAACAUGUCCGUAUAUGGGUUAGGGUUUCGGGCAUUCCAUCGCUGUAUGAGGAACCUGAUAAUUUUACUCUCAUUGGGAACCUUUUGGGAGGUUUUCUGGAUUAUGACAAGAAAGAAUUCCGAAAAGGAAUUAUUCGCAUAUUCUUUUUGCAUGAUAUCUCCAAACCCAUUCUCCUUGAACGCAGGAUUUUCUCGGCGAAAGGAAUUGAACUUUUGUUGAAAUUUCAAUUUGAACACCAUAAGGGUAGAUGCUCUCAAUGUGGCCUGAUUACUCAUUCUGGGGCCAAGUGUGAGGAACCUAAUGUGGUGUGGGGUGUAACAGAAUUGCACUUCGGCGGCCCCUCUACUGCUGGUGGUUCCUUCUCCUUCUCGGCCCAAGCUAGUCGUGAGUUACCUUUCUCUUCUCCUGCUUUAAUAAAGAAAAAGAAGCCGGUCAUUAGAAGAAAGGAUGGAUCGGUUUCUGGGUUAGAUUCUUCUGCUGGUACUGUGCAAAGUAUGGCAGAGGAGGAGAUAUUACAGCCAACGACGAUUAUGGAUGAGGUGGUAGUCUCGGGAUCCGCCUCCAUGGAGGGUGUUCUGAAAUACAUUCCUCCUACUGAAGAUGUGCACAUGGAACCUAAGGUUUACAAGAAGAGAAGCAGGAAUGGAGGUUGUACCCCCUCCCCGAAGAAGUUUAAAACUAUUCUGGGGGGUAAGCUUCUUACUCUUCAAGCAGAUGCUUUGGGUUUGGUGGAAACUGACAAAGAAAGUGAGCAAGGCAUCCUGAAGAAGAAGGUUGGCAGGCCUCUGGGGAGCAAGAAUAAGAAUCCUCAUCCUCAGAAGAUGGUGGGUAGGACUCCUCUACGUCUUACUUACCCUACUAUUGAAACUGGUCAAGAGAGUAGCCCUAUAGAGAAGGGCAAAGGUAAGCUCUAA